AAUCAAAGAAAAAAUUGGUGGGCUGGGAGAGAGGGUAAGAAAGAAUCGAAGAAGACGUGAGAGAGCUCUCUUCACCGGAGAGACACAAACAAGACAUACGACACACACACUUCACAGAGAGAGAGAGAGAGAGACCUCCUGAAGCUAAGCUUCUUUCUUUUCUAUGGCGGCCACAACUAGGGCCUUUUUGAUCUCUCGCUUCAUCGACCUCUCCCUCAAGCCCCUCCAACCACCCCCUCCUUCUCACCUCCUCAUCCGCCCCCUUCUCCCCUCCUCCUCCUUCAAGAAACGCCGCCCCUCCUCCGCCUCCUGCUGCCUCGUCUCCGGCGUCGACGGCGGCGGAGUCUCCGACGACUUCGUCUCCACUCGAAAGUCCGGUUUCGAUCGAGAAUUCUCUGUUAUCUCCAACAUGCUCAAGAAGAUCGAACCUCUCGACACUUCCGUUAUCUCCAAGGGCGUUUCUGAUUCCGCCAAGGAUUCCAUGAAGCAGACCAUCUCCACCAUGCUCGGUUUGCUUCCCUCCGAUCAAUUCUCCGUCACUGUUAGGGUUUCGAAACGCCCUCUCGAUCGCCUCCUUAUGUCUUCCAUAAUCACUGGGUAUACGCUUUGGAAUGCAGAGUAUCGGAUUUCGUUGAUGCGGAAUUUUGGUAUGUCGACCAGUAAUUGGAAAAGGUCUGGUUUUCCAGGGGAAAGUGAAAUUUCGGAGGUGAAGCGAGAGGAGAGUGAGGGUGGGGCUGGUCAGGUUGAUGUGGAUUGUUGCGUUGAAGAUUUGGAGAGCGUUAAUCUUCCAAGUCUUGGGGAUUUGUCUCCCAAGGCUCUGAAUUACAUUCAGCAGUUAGAAUCAGAGCUGUCUACGGCCAAGAAGGAACUGGAUGCCAGGAAGCAGGAAAAUAUGCAAAUGGAAUAUAUUAGAGAAAGUAACAAUGAUCUGUUGGAGUAUUUACGGUCCUUGGAAUCUGAUAUGGUGACUGAACUAUCUCGACCAUCAUCUUUAGAGGUUGAGGAAAUUAUUCACCAACUUGUUCAAAACACAUUGAGGAAAUUCUUUAAAGAUGAAUCUAGCGUUGAUUUUAUGGGAGAUUUAGCCCUACGGAGUACGGAGAACUUACAAAACGGUGAUGAUGAAUGUUUCGAUACCAUAGGCACUUCAAGGGAUUACCUAGCAAAGCUUCUUUUCUGGUGUAUGUUAUUGGGGCAUCACUUGAGAGGCUUGGAGAACAGAUUGCAUCUAAGUUGUGCUGUUGGUUUGUUGUAAGUGAAAAAAAGGGGAAAGAGAGGAUGUAUAUUCUUUUUUUUUUCUUUUUCUUUUUCUUUUUUUAUUUUUUUUAUGUGGGUUAAUUUUGUUUUCAGUUUUUCUGUUUCUCUUUGUUACUUUCGUUUUUUAUCAAGAAAAAACCUUAUAUAUGCAAUGAUCUCAUUUGUUCUUCCUUUU